AUCAUGAUAUUCGUGGCAUGGCUUUUGUUCGUGCAGGGAAAUGCGGCUGCAGAAGUCGCUGAUGAAAUUUCUAGGUCGGGUUUCAAAAUCGAAGGACAGAUAACUGUCCCGGAAUCAUUUGGCUCCGGAGAUAUCAGGCCAAGUCUGAGUCGUGUGCUGGUGAAUUAUGGUGAGCAUGUUGGAUUUGUACGGAUUUAUGAAACGGUAUGUUCAAAAAUUGUGGAUGUAUGA